AUGGAAAAGAUUUGCGACACCGACGACAUCAUCUCAAUAGACCCUGAGGACCUCUUUGCUCAUGGCUUCUCCGAUUACUCUUCCAUCAACGUGGACCGACUUGCAGUCGCUGUGGCGUACCCGCGUAAUACCGAUCAUGUGAGCAUCAUAGCUCGCAUAUGCCACAAGUGGCGCGUUCCCAUUGUGCCGUUCAGUGGUGGCAGCAGUCUCGAGGGCCAUGUCGCUGCCCCAUUCGGUGGUGUGAGCACGGACUUCUGUCACAUGGAUCAGAUGGUGGAGUUGCACGAAAAUGACAUGGAUGUCGUUGUGCAACCGGGACUCUGCUGGGCAGAUUUGAAUGCGCAACUGGCAAAGUCUGGAACUGGUCUCUUCUUUCCUAUUGACCCAGCACCCAACGCCAAGAUUGGAGGUAUGAUCGGCACCAAUUGUUCUGGGACCAAUGCUGUGCGGUACGGGACAAUGAGAGACUGGGUCAUGAAUGUAACUAUUGUCCUUGCUGAUGGAAGCAUAAUCAAGACGCGCCGACGACCUCGAAAAUGUAGUGCCGGUUAUAACCUUAAUGGCAUCAUCGUCGGCUCAGAGGGAACCUUAGAGAUUGUUACCGAGGCGACUCUGAAUUUGGCUCCUAUACCGGAAUAUGAGUCUGUCACUGUGAUUCCGUUCUCAGACCUGUCAACUGCUGUCAACGCGGCAGCUGCCAUCAUCCGAAAAGGUGUCCCUGUUGCCGCUCUGGAGCUUAUGGACGAGGUACAGAUGAAGGUGAUCAACCAAGGCGGAACGACGAGACCACGCGUUUGGGCAGAAACCCCUACACUCUUCUUCAAGUUUAGCGGAACUAAAGGGAUAGUGAACGACAACAUCCGCACGGUACAAGAAAUUGUGGCGAACUUCAACCCCGGAAAAAUCGAGUGGGCGAAGGACAGUCACGAGAAGGAUGUCCUAUGGUCCGCGAGAAAGGAGUCCUUGUACUCUAUGCUCGCCUUACGAAAGGAGGGUGAGGAGCUUUGGACGACCGUUGUCGCUGUCCCGUUAAGUCGGCUAGCUGAAGUCAUCAGUGAGAGCAAAAAUGAUGCGGAACGUCUAGGCCUUUACGCUAGUGUGAAAGGUCAUGUUGGCGACAGCAAUUUCCAUGAAAACAUCAUCUAUAACAAGACAGACCCAGAGCAGCUCAGGAGCGUCGAAACUGUGGUCAAAGGCAUGGUGAAGCGCGCGAUUGGCGUAGAAGGCACAUGCACGGGAGAGCACGGUAUUGGUUACGGAAAAAAGGCUAGUCUAGAGCUCGAAGUUGGGACUGAAACUUUGCUAGCUAUGGUACGUUCUUCCAUUAUAAUGUUUGACUUUUGCCUUUUGACUAGCUAA